CUGUCGAAGAACUAAUGCUAGUAGCACAUUCAGCAUAGGAGAUCUCAUCCACAGUCUGAGAAACCCUCUAUUGGCUCAGGAUAUCAACAGAGCUCAUCGUGAAGGGUAAUAUCCACUUGGCUUAUUGUAGUUCCCAAAUAAGGAACCUUUACUACAGCAGAAGAUUGUGAUGAGACUGAGAAAGAAAAUAUUAUAGGAUAGGAAAUCGAGAGGGGGAUGAGAAGUAAUGAACUCGGAGGAGGAAGGUUCCGAGGCGCCUCCCCGAAUUGGGGGAAUUCCCACAGCAAUCUCCCAGCCUUUAAACUCUCCGCAGGUCGGGGCAGGAUCCAGCGACGGCUUCAUUGUGCAGCGCAUCAAAGAGUAAAUCCCAGGCAGCCAGAUGGAGUUCAGAAAAGCGUCAUUGCUCAACUUGGUUAUUGCCUUUAUUAUUUAUGCAAGUACAGAGAAAUGCAUAGCAUCAGUACCUACUUUUCAAUAUGAAGACCGAACCUGUAGUCGCUGCCCUCCAGGACAAUAUAUGAAGGUGCCUUGUACGAAAGACCGUGAUACCAUUUGUGCACCCUGCUCAGCAAAUCAUUAUACGCAGUUUUGGAAUUACUUACAAAAAUGUCAAUACUGCAAUAAUUUCUGCAAAGAAGCUCAAUACAUUAAACAUGAAUGUAAUGCGACUCACAACAGAGUGUGCGAAUGCAAAGAUGGAUACUUCUGGAAAUAUGAAUUUUGUAUGAAGCAGAAAGUAUGUCUUCCUGGAUAUGAAGUUAAAACUGCAGGCACUCCAUAUACAGAUAGAGUUUGUGGGAAAUGUGCUCGGGGUUACUUUUCAUCAGUGAGUUCUGCCAUCGCACAAUGUAAGAGACACACAAACUGCACUGAACUGGGCUUAAAGCUGGACAUCCUUGGCACUGUGUGGCAUGAUAAUUUGUGCAGCCCCUGCCAGCCCCAUGGCUCCAGAGAAGGUAUUACAGAGUGUGAACAGGCACUUUUUUACUUUGUGGCACGACAAAAAAUCGAGCAGCGGAAAGUGUUCAGUUUUGGGAAGGCACUCCUCAAUGAGACCAGAAGAAGUGUGUUGGAAACAUGGAAUGACAAGCAGAAGCAUCAGCAGAUUAUGCUUUUCCUGGACAAGUGGAAGAUGCAGCAGAAGGAAACCAUAACCGCAGAAGCCUUGGUUAAAAUUCUGAGGGCUGUCAAACUUAAUAAAGUUGCAAAAAAAGUGUCAAAAAAGUUCCUCAAAGAUAAGGUCACUGCAGUGCAGAAAAAUUGUGCUGUUUCAGUAAGUUAGUGGGCAGAGAUGCUUUGAAAAUAUGAGUGCAGCUCUGAUCUAACUAAUCUUUUUAUAAUUAAAGAAAGCUAGUUAAAACAAAACCCACAGUAUUCAUCGUUUUUCACAACCUUUUCCUGAUUCAUUGCCUUUCAAGCAUUUUUGCGUAAUUAAUUAUCAGUGCGUUCUCAUGCUUUCUACAUGGCAAUGUCUCAGCCAAUCAGAGUUGACUUGCCAACCAACUAACAUCCCUUUCUCCUGGACUAUAAAUUGUUGCGGUAGUUUGAAAUUGGGCAUUCUUGUCUUUGCCUUGAUAAGUGCAAGAUAAAAAAAUCUUCAACAACAUGUCUCUCUUUUCAGUAAUAGCUAAGCUUUUCUUAGCACAUCUGUAUAAGAAUUUAACAGAUUCCACUGUAGUGAUAUUGAAGCAUUCCUUCUUAUAUUCUUCAAAAUGGUACAAUUUAUUUUUGUUUGGUAAUAGAGAACUUGAGUAUUGCUGAAAAAAGAAUUUGAAUUUGAACAAACCUGGGCAGUUAACUAUUUCAUGCUGCAUUCCCUGUGGUAACGCCUCCACCAAUGCCAACCAAUUAGCACUCUCUUCUCGCACAGUAUAAAUUGUUCUCGCCUUAGAGUUGGUAAUUUCUUGUGAGCUACCCUGAAGAGUGCAGGAUUAAAAGCUUUGAUAGCAUGUCUCUUUUUUUCAGCAAUCCACAAUCUGUUUUCAUAGUUUGCAUAAUUGGGCACAAGUUUGUCAAUAGCAUUUCACCAUCUAGAUUUUACUAUAUUAAGGAAUGUUUCUCGAUUUUAUGGUUUUAUUCAGUAUUCACCACACCAAUAGAAAGUGUUUUUAUGCUUUAAAGAUUGUUAGAUGUGCCAUGCUGUCCAAAUCCUGUUGUAUUCAUGAGUGUUGCUUUUUCCAUUUGUAACAAGUGUCCAAUUUACUUUAUUAUUCUGAUGUGCAUAAUCUGUAUAUUUCAAUACAGUUUGUCCAUUCUGUUCACAAAUAACCAGAUGUGUAUUUUUAAUCCUUAUGUACUGUAUAAUUCAACUGAUUUUUUUACUGCUGUUGUGGGAACAGAGUACAGAAGAUAAUAUUGGUACAGAACUAAGAGGAAGGCACAUCUAAAUUUUAGUGGCCAUAUAUUAAAUUGAAACUGGCUACAUGUGUGGAACAUAAAUCCAAGCUAUUGAUAAGGUGCCAAUUUAUAAAACAACUAUAAAUCAUAACCUAAACAUUUGGAUCAAGUGCCGCCAAGAUAGGAAAGAAGCAUUCUGUAGCAAAUAUUUUGAUUUUAAAAACUGGGUUUAGUCAGGAAUUUCUGUGCAAAUCUGGCAUUUUGUUUCUUAAGCAUUGGGACCUCAGGCUCAAUUGGUUAAGGAUUGAGGCUAUUGAUUUAUAGCAAAAGCAGUAGCAGACAAAUCAACCACACUGUAAAUUUGCAACAGGUACAGUUGUGCGGUGAUUAGUAAUUUAGAACAUUAAUGUGUCAACAGAUCAUAAUGAUUGUAUAUCAGAUCACAGCAAUGCUUACUGUAAAAAUGUCAGCCUGCUGACACAAUUACCCAACAAAUUUCUCUCUGAAAAGCUAAGAGCUUUAAGCAAAGAGGGACAAAUUGUAGUAAACGAGCCCACAACAAGAGUAAGUAAUUUAGUCAAAAGUCAAGAAUGUUCUCAGCAUUCCCCCUCCCACAAAUCUCCUUCUGCCAUACAGCAUUCCUUAGCUAAAAGGAUACCGAACCAAACUCCUCCACAAUGCUACUGCAGAGCUGACAUUAUGGAAUGCAAAAGUACUCAGAGUGCCACGCAUCAUUUUCUUUCUGAUGCACCGCCUAGUUUAACUCUGCAUAUCCUACGGCUGGUUAAGAGCGGAAAUCUCAGCAGAGGGAUAAUAUAUAAAGAUGAGAUUUACAUACACUUUUCCUUCAUUUGAAAACUACCUUUUCUAUUUUUCAUUUGUGGGUCCUUAUUUUGGUUAAGGUCUUGUGCAAGUGUAAAAUAAACAAAUUGAAUUAUUUCUAAAGAAACAUAAUUUGCUUGUGCAGAUUAUACUAUUUUCAAUAGGCAACAUAGGAGAUGCCAGAAAUAUAGUGGCCUUCUUCCAUACACUCAGUAAGCAUGUUUCACAAAUUGGGCUCCAUGUUUUUUAAAAGAAAGAGUUAGGUAAUGGAUUCAGGAAGGCUUUAUAUCUGUAAAACUGAGAAACACUCCAGUGGGCUGUGAAAAAUAUGCACUCUAAAGUUCUCAUAUAUAGCCAGCUGUUUGAAUGUUUAAUAAGGAACUGGGCUGAAAGAUAUCUUCUGAUAAUGGUUAAUGGCUGCCUCAGUUAUUUUCGUUUGGAUGUGUUUUGCAUUGAGAAAUCAUUAUGUUAUAAAAUGCAUUAUGUACCACUUUUAGAAACUGCUAAAGUUGCCAGUAUUAUAUGUUAUGAUUUAAAUACAAAUGAUAUUCUUCAAAACA